CUCUCUGAUUCUAUUUCAACUUACACAAAUUUACACCGAUAUACGUCCGCCAAGUUUCAUUUCACAACCAUGGCAACCCAAGUACUAACCGAAAACACCUACCUGGCCGGAGCCCGCAACAGUCUCAAAAAGGAAGACUGUAUGGAGCUCUACGAAAAAUGGGCCGCCUCCUACAACCAAGACCUUGCCGACGCCUCCCAGAACUAUAUCGCCCCCCUCCUUGUUGCCCAAGCCGCCCUCGCAUCAAGCAAAGACCCCGAGGCUACCGUAUUGGACGCUGGCUGUGGAACGGGGCUUGUGGCGGAAGCCCUUGCCAAGGGCAGCAAAUGGACCAUCGAUGGCAUGGAUUUGUCUCCUGCCAUGCUCAAAGUAGCAGAACAGACCGGCGUGUAUCGAAGCCUCUUUAAAGUCGACUUGACCCAACCGAUCGAGCAACCAGACCAGAAAUACGACAUCGUGACAUGCUGCGGCACCUUCACACGCGGCCACGUCGGGCCCGACCCUGCCUUGAGAGAAUUUGUCCGCCUUCUCAAGCCAAACGGUGUCAUCGCUGCUACAAUUCUCGAAGAGAUUUGGGUGUCUGGUGGCUACAAAGCCGAAGCCGACAAGCUGGAGAAGGAAGGACUGGCCAAAGUGAUCAGUCGGGACCUCAUUGACUACCGAAAGGGCGCGGGCGACAAAGCAACAUUGCUCCUGAUGAAAAAGACAGCAUCCGCUUGAACCAAACGCGCGGACAUGUUUCUCUUUUGUCGGACCUUAGGCGUGAGAAGAGAGGGAGGCUUUCUAACAUUCUAGGACUGGACUGAGCUCAAGUUGGCAAGGACCUCGAGCUUGUUCCCAAUGCGACUAUUCGUUCAUUAUUCCCCAGUGCGACUGCUAUUCCAACCCCAGUGCGACUGUUUUGAUUCCCACAGCGACUACUCUUUCCCAGUGCAACUUUUCUCACCCGGUGCGGCCGUUCUCCGAUGGACUUCGACAGGGACCCGAGUCUAGGUUGCGUUGUAUAUGUACAAGCUUACUAGAUAAUGAGAAUAUAGACCUGGAGAGUAAA